AUGCCCGUCGCCGUCGCCACCGUCCCUCCCCUCCCUGCCGUGCCUCUCAAGGGCUUCAACAAGGGCAUCACGCAGGGCAUGCUUGAGCCCCACCACUCUCUCGUGCAGCCGUAUUCGGCGUUCCCCAAGAAGAUCACCGGCAAGACGGUGUGGACGCGCGAGGACUUUAUCGACGACGAGUCGCUUUGGAAACGUUUCUGGUCGCCUGAAAACAUCGCCUCCCUCGAGGCUUCCUACGACGUUUGGGCCGCCAAAAACCUCUCUCUCCCGGAGAUCGACCGCGAGACGUUCCCUCUCUCGGACAGUGUGCGGUCUUUCCUCGCCGAGAUCCGCGAGACCACCGUGCAAGGCGCGGGCUUUAUCCUGAUCCGGGGUCUGCCCGUGCAUCGAUGGGCCGUCGACAAGUCGUGUGCCAUCUACCUCGCCAUUGGAGCGGCUAUUGGUGUCGCCAUUUCCCAGAACCACAAAGGUCACAUUCUCGGACACGUCAAGGACCUCGGGAAUGACCCGACGCAAAUUGAUAAAGUCCGGAUCUACACUACCACCGCGCGCCAGUAUUUCCACACGGACAAUGGCGAUGUCGUCGGUCUCCUCUGUCUCCAAAAAGCCAAGGAGGGCGGCGAGUCGGAUGUCGCCAGCGCCCACAAUAUCUGGAACACUCUCCAGGCUGAACGGCCAGACGUUGCUGAACUCCUCGCCCGCCCAAACUGGUACUUUGACCGCAAGGGCGAGGUGAGCGAGGGCCAGAAGGAAUGGGUGCAAAAGGCCGUCUUCUAUUAUCACGAUGGCAAAGUCAUCAGCCAAUACGACCCAUAUUACGUCAAGAGUAUUCAGCGGUUCGUCGAUGCUGGGCUUAUUCCCGGCCAUUCGGAUGAACAGAAGGAGGCUAUCGAGGUGCUGGAACAGACGGCCCAACGCCUCGCGUUACACAUGGUCCUCGACGUUGGAGACAUCCAGUUCGUCGGCGAGAUGCACAACUUCCACGCUCGGACCGCGUACGUCGACCACCUCCCGCCCAUUCCCCGCCGCCACCUGCUGCGUCUCUGGCUCUCGGUGCCGGAAAUCGAGGGCGGCUGGAAACGUCCUUACCCCGACUCGGCCGCUUACAAGCGCUGCGGCAUCCAGGUGAAUCAAGUUCCCGAGUCGUGCCCGACGGACGCGGAGUAA